AUGGAGAAGAAAUCAGAUGGCCUACCAUUUAAGUGGGGUAAAAAGAGAGGACCUGGUGGUGUAGAAAACAAGGAUGUUCAGUACUAUGAGUCUUUUACUUACGGUGGUUGUGAGUACUGUCUUUAUGACUGUGUCUCUGUUGGAGAUGAUAGUAAAGUAGACUCCUUUGUUGGCAAGAUUAUAAAAAUGUGGGAGUAUAUUGAUCAGCGUCAAGACUCGAGGAGAGUGGAGUUACUCUGGUUCUUUAAACCCUCUGAGCUUUCCUUGUACCUUGAAGGAGUUGAAGAUGUGCUUGCUAACGAACUUUUCUUGGCUUCUGGGUCUGGUCUUGGCCUCACCAAUGAAAACCUAUUGGAAGCAAUUGCUGGAAAAUGUCUUGUUCUAUGCAUCUCCAAGGACGUAAGAAAUCCACAACCCUCUGAGGAAGAAAUCAAGUCGGCUGACUUCCUUUUUCACCGAACAUAUGAUGUGGGAACUUCCAGAAUCUUAGAUAAGAUGGAUGAUAAUAUUGCUGGAGUUGAUGUUAAGUUCAUCUUUAACAGAACCAGUUCUGAGAGAAAAGCUAGUGAUGUGAAAAAGAUGGCAACCGAUAUACAAGGGACUGCAGAUGGUUUGAAACCAAAUCGUCCUUCAACUAGCGGUUCAGUUAUGCAGAAUAAAGGCAAUACUAGUGAUGUCUCUGGUCACUGGAAGAGCGAUUAUGUUUACAAGAAAGAACAAGAUAAUGAAUGUCAUAAACAUUUGGCUAGUAAAAAGUCUACACUUGCAGAAGAAAGUUCUAACAAGGAUUCUGGUCGGCUUGAUAAUGAACUUGACAGUUUUAGCGCUUUGGAUUCUAGGAGAAAUGAUUGUCAUGGAAGGAAAAACCAAGACGGUGUACUUGGAAAGCAAUUUGCUAAACAAAAACCAAGUCUUGCUGAUGAAAGAUGCAGUAAAGAUUCUUACUGUUUGGAUGACAUGAUUCAGAAGAAACGGAGAGUAGAUGGUUCUCUUGCAGUAACAGAUGGAAGGUAUAAAGUGCCGCAGAAAAUAAGAGAUGAUGGUAGAAAAAAUACAGAACCUAUCAAAAGAGAUGCGAUGGUAAGUAAAUCAAGGCUUGCAGAUGAAAGACGGAGUAAUGAUUUUUACGGUUUGGAUGUCAUGCCUCUAAAGAAACCGAGGCUAGAGGGCUCUGUUGCAGUAUCAGAUGGAAGGACAAGAGAGUCGCAGUGUACAAGUCAUGAUGGUAAAAAAGACAAAUUAAGUCAUCAAAGAAAAGAUCCUAGAGACAAAGUCACCAGAGAGGAAGUAUAUUCCCAGAAGUCUAGCUUCACUGACAAGAAUCAAGAUCUGCGGAUACCAAGAUGUUCUGAAGGAAAAGUUACUAAACAUGUUAGAUUUGCUGAAGGAACGGAGACCAGACAUGUGAGAUUUUCUGAAGGAAAAGAGAGUAAGCUUGCAACUGAGAAAGGUCUUAUCAAGAACUCCAACCCUGAUUGUAAAAUAUCAAAACACAGUGAGGAAAAGAUGUUGACGAAUGCCGAUUACAGAAGACAUUAUCAAGUCUCUGAAGUUACUCAAAAGCCUAAUGUUAGUUGGGAAGAAGAUUUGAGGUGUGCAGAAGGGAAAGGGACUUUGCUUGUUCUCCGAAACUUGGAUCCUUCUUAUACAUCUAAUGAAGUGGAGAAUAUAGUCUACUCUGCUUUGAAUGAGCAAUGUACGGCCAGGAUGAUUGAGCGGACCUCAGCUACUAUUCCUCAUAUCGGGGAAGCGUUGGUGAUAUUCGAGACAAUGGAUGCUGCAAACAGGGUAAUUAGAAGACUACAUGAGGAAUGCUUGUUGCUAUCAAAUGGAAGGGUACUUGUCGCUACUAGUGCUAAGGUGAAUCCUCAAACUAUGCCUUCAUUGCCGUUUCCUGGCCAUAUCAGUAUCCAGCGUCGAGGGAAGAGAAGCGCUGCGGUUACAUCACAUUGUUCUCAGGGUAACAACAUUGAAUUUGACAUGUGCAUGGAAUGGUGGUUGCACUUAAGCAUAUACAAGCAGAUUUGGAAAACGAUAUAUGAGCGACAAGUUGAGGAGAAGAAGAAGUUGCAGUUGGAUGUGGAGCCAAAACAAGCUUAG